AUGGAAGAAGUGCCGCAAGAGACUCAGGUGAUCCCUGACUUUCAAGAGAAUGUGCUUUCAUACUUUCCGAUAUAUUCGAGUCUACGAGUGAACACCGAUUUCACACACACACAACUACAAAGAGACAUAGACGACAAAAUUUCAAAAACAAAACAGCUCAGUGAUGACUUCAUCAACGAGAUCGCAGACAUGAGCCCAAUCCCUCUGCUAGAAUUGUGCCGUGAGUUUCUUGAGAGCCAAACGGAAUCAUACACCAAACUCGUCGAGACCAAAUUUCGCCUUCAGACUCUACAAACAGCCUUGAGACACGCACACUCGUCUGUGGUCGAUACGCGACGUCUGGAGGAUGACUUGACGUUGGAGAAUUACAUCCAAUACUGUGAGCUGACGAAGGAGAAUUUCGCAGAUGCCAUUAUUGCGGACGUAGAAACAAAAAUUUAUAGCGAACAGGGCUGUAGUACUAUACUCAAAGCAGAUUCGUGGUACCAGUACAUUCGAAACUGCUACUUCGUUCUAGAGCAUCCAGAGGAUCCCUUGCCUGAUGACCAAGUAGACGAAGAAUUGGCAGUCGAGGGAGGCAAGAUCUCGCUCAAGGACCCAUUCUCACUCAACUAUUUCGUGGAGCCGUUGAUGGCGAUUUCGUGCAAACAUGUGUUUGAGAAGGAGCACAUCAUGGGCGAGUUUCGAGACUCGCCGCGGACCAAAUGCCCCAUCACUGGCUGUGUUGCAGAACUUACGAAGAAAGAUCUACGUCCAGAUCUCCUCAUGCAAUUACGUGUUCGUGUUCAUAAGGCCAGGGAGAAGAACAAAAGUCAAAGCAGGGCAACAAGAUUGCAAUAA